CUUAGUUUAUAUUCUUCAUGCAAAGAGUCUGGUUCUGAGUCUACUUUUGUGUUGUUUAUAGCAAUAGUUUGGUUUAUUGAAGCUGAAAAAAAAUGGCACAGCAGCGAAAUCAUCCGCAAUCCAAAGAGGUUCUCUUGAAAUCCUACAACAUUCGCUUAAAGGAGGACUGCAAAAUUAUGUUGGAAAAUUAUUUCGAAAUCAUAAAAUUGGCCAAAGGAGAAAAUGAUUCACAACUCUCUAAGCUUACGCAAUGCGAACAGGAUACGUACGAGAUGCAAGUUCGUGCUGCGAAUAUCGUUCGAGCCGGUGAAUCGCUAAUGAAACUCGUGUCCGAUAUCAAACAGUAUUUGAUUUUGAAUGAUUUCCAUUCGGUGAAUGAUGCCAUAACAGCCAAUUCACAGCUCUUUCGAUCAACCCAGUCGGAAUGUGAUAAAAAACUGAUGAACUUACGUGAAGCAGCUGCCAUCGACUUGUACGACCUGGAAGAAGAGUACUACACAAGCGAGUUUAAAUGAACACUUGCAAAUAAAUUGGAUAACUAGUUGUUACUAUAAAUAAGACUAAAUUUAAGGAAGAAAAUUAUGAAGAACGGAAGAAAUAAAUUAAGAGAAGAAAAGGAUAAAAUUUCAUCAAUGCAAAUUA